GUCAAGGAUGUUAAAGCUCGGCUGCUUGUUCAUUAUUUUGGUCUGUGGCAUCAGAGGCACUUCAGGCCUGCCUGGCAGGAGUGGAAAUGAAGAUGAUACAGCUGGUGGAGACAAAGCUGUAGCAGGGCUACCUAGUACAAAUGCAAGUCAUGAGAGCUACAAGGAACACAGACUGUUCACCUGACUACACAGCUGUCUAUUCCACUGUCACUGCCAGCAUCCGUGACAUGGCAUUUAAUGACUAUCUCCAAUACUUACUAGCAGAUGUGAUCAAGGAUAUCUUGCCCCUGAACAUAAUGAAAUUACUCCCUAAAACAGUCACAGAUGUGAAUGAACUGCUAAAAGGCAGAGAUGAUCCAAACAUAAAUCUAACUGGAGACCUGAAAAGCCAUGGAGCUCAGCUCCAUAUACUCACCUUAAUCCAGAGCAUCACCCAGUUACUGAUUGUCAAGAUUUACAUCAUGACAACAACAAUGUCACUUUCACCUGGCAACAAGAUUCACCUGUCUCUUCCAGUUGAGCUCAAUGUAGAGGGCAAAAGCACUGUAGUGGGGAUUCUGGACUCUUUGGUGAAAAUCAGGAUUGAUAUAGUAUCCAAACCACUAUGGGAUAUCUCUAAGGACCAGAUAUUCACAGUUGAAGACUCCAAGAUAGUUAUCAAAGGCAUUCAGCUUGAAAAGCAAAAGAGGCUUCCAUGUCAUGAUGUUUUCCUCAGCACAACUGAUCCUGCUGAGCAGGGCAUUCGGGCUGCCCUCUGGACAAUCAUGAUCGAUGUGAUUAACCGGUGCAUUCGACUGGUUGCUGACAUCCUCAAUACAUCAUUUCUGAGCACGAUGGUUUGUGAGUUAAAGCUAUUGCCCCAUCCUCGAGGAUCUCUGAUUCUACCCCCCUAG